CUUCAUUUCAUGUCCCUAUCAUUUAUCUUCUACAUUGUUUUAGUUCGCUAGGUCAUCUGAAGCCUCAAGGUUGUCUGUUCCAUGUGUAAUGCAUCUAUCAACUUUAGGAUAUGGAACGAAUACUAUCUCUCACUGAUGAUGAGUUAAGAGCCGAGUUGUCAGGCAAGGGAUAUUACCCACCACCUAUUCAAGAUGACGUCACCAGGAGAAUAUUACGCAAAAAGCUGGCACUUUUAAUUGAUCCUUCUCUGGUGAUUGAAGAGCCAAUUCAAAAUCCGGACUCUUCAGAUAACAGCGAUUCGUCUGAUGCAGCUGGAGAGACAAGUGUACGCUCGAGAAAUCGCGUCAGGUUUUCUGAACCUCAAGAAACUGUGUACGAAGUUACUGAAAACCACAAACGUGGUUUCUUAAUGUACACCAUAUUCUUGCUUACCGCGGUCGUGGUUGGAUAUCUUGUGAUGAAAAACAUAGAUGUCAUCUCGUUGUUCAUGAAAAUGCUGGUUUAUUCCUUUUCUCAGUGAUCAAUAAUAUGUUUCAUUCUUAUGAUUGUUUGAUAUAUAUGUCAUAUGCAUAGGACACUUAUUUCAGUUAAAAAUCGAAUCAAAAGGGGAAAUAAUUAUGAACAUUCAGUAUUUGUUCAAAUCGAUCGAGUCAGAGAAACAAAUAAAUGGCACGAUGAUUUUUCGGCAUAGACUCGGACUGACUGCCUCAUUUCCCCAUGAUUUCUGACCAUUAUUGUGAUAUUCCGAGGAUGUUUUUUUACAACACAGGUAGUUGCUUUCGUCGCGCAUCAUCAUCGAAACACA